AACUUCAACUUCUAUAUUUAUGGCUAGUGAAAAUUUUUACUCGAAUAAUACUCUCAUUUCUUAACUUCCAAAGGAAUGGACUUUCUCUAUGCAAUCUUCACAGUUAUUGCAACUGUACCACUACUGCUUCUCAUAUGCUUCUUUGCUUUACUAGUGAAGAUCUUCACUGCAAAAUCAAUAAGAAAUUCAAAUUACCCUCCAGUGGCUGGCACUGUGCUAAGCCUACUGAUCAAUUUCAACAGAAUCUACGACUACUUGACAGAAGUUGCUGGAAAGCACCAAACCUUCCGGCUGCUUGCUGAAGAUCAAAGUGAGAUAUACACUACUGAGGCUCGAAACAUAGAACACAUACUUAAGACAAGCUUUGAUAAGUAUAAUAAAGGUCAGUACUUACAAGGAAUAACAAAUGAUUUGCUUGGACAAGGCAUAUUUGUUGUUAAUGGUGCUAACUGGAGGCAACAGAGGAAGCUUGCUAGUGUUGAGUUCUCCACGCGGAUGUUGAGAGACUUUAGCUGCAACAUAUUCAGAAAAAAUGCAGUGAAAUUGAUUAGAACUGUUUCACAGUUAUCUUUGUCAGCGGAUAUCUUUGAUAUACAAGAGUUGCUAAUGCGAUACUCUUUAGAUUCAAUCUUUGAAGUUGGGUUUGGAACAGAUCUUAACACCAUGGAAUCCGAUGCUGCUGGAUCCUCAUUUAUUAAGGCGUUUGAUGAUGCAACUUCCCUGAUACAUUGGCGCUAUAUAGAUCCAACUUGGAAGGUACAGCGACUUCUUAACAUUGGCUUUGAAGCUUCCCUUGCCAAAAACAUCAAAUAUAUUCACGCAUUUGUGCAGCAAGUAAUCAGUAAAAAGAGGCAACAAAUGGAAAUACAACAAAACAGUGACAAGGAGGAUAUACUUUCAAGGUUUCUGAUUGAGAGUAAGAAAGAUCCGGAGAAGAUGAAUGAUGAAUAUCUGCGGGAUAUAAUUCUGAAUUUUAUACUUGCUGGGAAAGAUACUACAGCAAAUACUCUUUCAUGGUUUUUCUAUAUGCUCUGCAAGAAUCCACUGGUACAAGAAAAGAUUGUACAAGAAAUCACAGAGACUAUACCAGGGAACAGCAUUGAUGAAUUUGUGGCAAACACGACUGACGACACAUUUGAGAAAAUGCAUUACCUCCAUGCCGCGUUGUCUGAGACCUUGAGGCUAUAUCCUGCAGUCCCCGUAGUAAGUUUCCAUCUGACAAAAUAUGUAUUUUCCAAAUUGUAUCUCAAUAUUAAUAAUGUAAUGCGUGUUUUCUGCAAGGAUGGAAGGUGUGCGGAAGCUCAUGACAUUCUUCCAGAUGGCUACAGAGUUAGAAAGGGCGACAAUGUAUACUAUAUAGCAUAUGCAAUGGGCAGGAUGACCAACAUCUGGGGAGAUGAUGCCAAGGACUUUAAGCCAGAAAGAUGGCUCAGCAAUGGGAUUUUCCAACCUGAAUCACCAUUCAAAUUCAUCGCAUUUCAUGCUGGACCAAGAAUUUGCCUUGGGAAAGAUUUUGCUUAUAGACAGAUGAAGAUAGUAUCAGUCGGGCUUCUUCGUUAUUUUAAAUUCAAACUUGCUGAUGAGAAACAAGCUGUAAUGUACAAACCUACAUUUACACUACAUGUUAAUGGAGGUCUACAUCUUCUUGCAAUUUCAAGGCCAGACUGAUUGAAUAAGUGGUUCCAACAGCAGUGUGAGGCAUCUCCAGCGUUGUUGGCUAAAUUGGACAUAUUGGGUAAAAUUUGGUGAUUCUGUAAGAGAUUGUGUUCCGAUCGGACUGGUUAUAAUGAUUGGCUAUAUCUUAAAAAUAGUAUGUUAUUACUCAUUGGACCGGUUAUAAUGGUUGUCUAUAUCUUAAAAAUAGUAUGUUAUUACUUAUCAGACUGGUUAUAAUGGUUGGCU